UUAGGUUAUCUACAUGAGCAUCUCAGUGCAGAAGCUGUGUUGAGGGUUAACAAAAUUAGGUUAACCUCUGUCAUCUAACCAGUCUUGCUGUAUCACAUACGCUGCUGUGACUAUAGAGCACGAAGAUUUGGAAGUGAAGAUGAAAGCGUAUUCUAUUUUCAGAUCUGGGUAUUUGUUAGUUCUACUUUGUCUUUUCACUGUAGAAGGCAAAAAGUCACCUACAGGAAAGCGUACCUGCCGGAAAGGACUACUCUCCCAAGUGACAGAGAACCUAUAUACCAAGGCAACUAGUUUAAAAUCAUCUGUUCCUAAGGAUCUCAUCAAGAAUACAAGACUUCUAAAAAAGACAACAAAAAUGCUGUUUAUGACAAAUUGUAAUGUUCGAGAUCAGCUCCUCUCAUUCUACAUGAAAAAUGUUUUCAGUCAUCUUGGAAUAGAAAGUGAAAAGCUGUACGUUAUUAGUGCCUUCCGGGUCCUGCAAGAGAACAUGAAUGCCUGUCUUCCAUGUGCUCCAUCCACAAGGUUAACUUCUGCUGUCAAAAAUAUAAAGAAAACAUUUCUUAAGCUUGGGGAGAAGGGAGUAUACAAGGCCAUCAAUGAGCUCGAUAUUCUCCUUCCCUGGAUUCAGGCCUACAUCCAAACCAUAGUAUGAGGAACAAGGAGGUGACUGAAAAUACGUCACCUCUAUAUUAAGAACAGAUCCUUACCCAAAGGCCUGACAAACAACUGUGUGCUGGACGUGCAACUUGCCUGGCAGCAACACUGCAACACUGGAGAACAGCUCUUGUAAAAAAAAGAGCAGAAAGAGGAACUUUCAAGAUCUUUCACAGUUGUCUUGGCAGCUAUGCCUACCCUCAGUACGAGAGCAGCCCCUUGAAAAGUUACAGUAUGAUGUGCUUUGUGUCCUGCCCACCAGCUUGUUGCCUCACAGGCAGCCCCCAGACGCACUGCACGAGCCCAUCUCAUAGUCUACUACCACAAGGAUCUAGCCAUGCCUUGUGUCACCGCUGUGUGAUCACGAUUUAAAGUAACAUGGAGCACUUCAGAACCUCCCCCCUAUAAUAUAUAUAUAAACAUAUUUUAUAGAUAUGUAACUAUGCACAACUAUUCUACAUCUAAAGAAGAAAAAAUAAGUAUAUGCUGCUUAUCUUUAUUAUUAACUUAAAGUAAUAAUUGAUACCUAAUAAACAUACUCCAAGUAAUGGCAAAACUUUGGUCUAUGACUCAUGCAUGACCUUCUCAUGUCACACACUCUACUUGAGAUCACACAGUGCAGAAAACAUGAUUAGUUGAUUGCCAUUUACUGGGUUUGAAAACAGUUUGAGUGAGAUUUGUGGGACAUCAUUAUUCAAUUGAUUGGUAGCUGUUUCCAAAAGAUCUUUUGCAUAGCAGAAGAUGAAAAUGGAGUUCUAGUUUUCCCACAUUUUUAAAGACUUAGAAGAAAUUAUCCAGGUAAGAAGGAAUUCCUCGUCUGUAUGAUUGAACUUCCAUAAAGGUGAGAUUCUGCAGAAUCGCUUGUGAGUCACUGACCAGCAUCCUGGCAGAAAGCACGAAUGAAUCCAUGAGUGAAUUGUUUCUUUAGGAGCCAGAGCUCCAUGCUACCCCAUGCUCCAGCAGCUCCUUACAACCCCACCUCACCCCUCCCUGCUCACACAACCAUAUCUGACUUUGCCUUUCUUAUACCCCGGGGUCUCGCAGGAUGGCUGGCUUUCUCUUCCAGGUCCUUCCACAGCUUUGCAACAUGCUAUGUAUUUGCUGGUCGCUUGUGGCAAUUCUAAAUUGCAGUGUGCAA